AUGCUGUCCAAGGCUGUGAGAGAGUCAACCGAACUAUUGGAAUCCUAUUGUUGUCCUCGGUACGGCCGACCAUUUUCUUCUCAAUGCAAAGCGUUGGACUUGCUGUGGGAUCAGCAGGACAUCUCAACAAACGCCACCGAGUUCACCGGUAUCGCUCGCUGCCGAGUAUAUUGGUAUUACUCCGUAUAUGACAGCUUCCUCUCUCGGCGAAUGGCUUUUGAGACAUCUAACAUUGUGACGUGCAAGGGCAGCUGGCAAGGUAUUAUAUUUAGGCUGGCCAGGGUGAUGCUUGUGCUGCUGCGCCUGGCUCUUCAGCCAACAAGCAAACACAACCCGGAAGCUGUUCAAUUCAGAGCUACCUACAGCAGCACGGCUAGUUACAUCCCACGGGGAAACUUGACUGAUAUGCCUGAAAUGAGAGACAUACAUGGACAGUCUUACUUGCACUGCCGCGAGGGUACGCGGUGCUUGUUCGCUCAAUUAUACUCCGUACUUCGUAGUAAAACACACGGAUAG